CACUUUCUUUGUUUCAACAAUGGCGGAUCUCGAACAAAACCGAUCGUCUUCCCAAACCCUAGCAGAUAUCGAGGUAGUCGACUACUCCAAACGCGCCCAAUGGCUACGCGCCGCCGUACUGGGAGCAAACGACGGUCUCCUCUCGACAUCCUCAAUCAUGAUGGGUAUCGGCGCAGUAAGAACCGACGCAAAAUCAAUGAUUCUGACCGGUAUCGCCGGCCUAAUCGCCGGAGCAUGCAGCAUGGCGAUAGGCGAGUUCGUCUCCGUCUACUCACAGUACGACAUAGAGAUGGCUCAGAUCAAAAGGGACAAGGCGGCGCAAGUCGGCGGAGACGGCGGCGGCAAAACUCAUGUGAUGAGUAAGGAGGAAAUGAUCGAGAGGGAGAAGGCUCUUCCUAGUCCGUUUAUGGCGGCGGCGGCAUCGGCGGUGGCUUUCGCCGGUGGGGCGAUGGUGCCGUUGUUGUCGGCGGCGUUUGUAAAAGGGUAUCGUUUGAGAAUUGGAUUGGUGGUUGGAAUGGCGAGUUUGGCUUUGGUUUUGUUUGGAAUGUUGAGUGCUUCUUUGGGGAGGGCUCCUUUGGUUAAGUCCUCAAUUAGGGUUCUUGUCGGAGGCUGGUUAGCUAUGGGGAUCACUUUUGGGUUCACUAGGCUUGUUGGCUCAAUCAGUCAUUAUAAUUAGAAAAAGAGUUUAAUAAUCUUUUUAUUUAUUAAUUUAUAA